AUGGCCACUCCGUUAGCAACACCACGGGGCCUACUAUGGCCGCUGCUAGUGCUAGUUGGCUUCGGUUUCGUAGGAAAUGUGAAGGGUCACGGGAUGGCACUCGAUCCGAUCGCGCGUGGCUCACGGUGGCGCUGUAAUCCGUUGGCAAUACCGAACUACACGGAUAACGAGCAGUUUUGUGGCGGUUUCCCGGUGCACUGGGGUACUUUUGACGGCAAGUGCGGUGUAUGUGGCGACAGCUACGGUGAUGCUGCACCGAGACGCCACGAGCUGGGAGGCUUCUAUGGCCAGGGCGACAUUGUGCGGCAGUAUCUGAAGGGAAGUGUGAUCGACGCGCGCAUUCGUAUCACAGCGAAUCAUCGCGGCUACUUCACGUUCGACGUUUGUAAUCUGGAUACUGGAAUGGAAGAGGAAGGUUGCUUCAACAAAUAUCCAUUGUACCAGCCGGAUGGAAGUCGCGAGUGGAGUCUUCCUUCAACCGCCCCUGGAGAGUAUUACAUCAAGCUAAAGCUUCCCGAUACGCUCGUCUGUCGCCACUGCGUGUUCCGGUGGACCUAUGUAGCAGGUAACAACUGGGGCUACUGUUCCGACGGAACCGGAAAGCUGGGCUGUGGACCACAGGAAACAUUCAAAACCUGUUCCGAUGUUCGAAUAGUCGAUGCAACCGACAUUGUUCCUAACUUUGCGUACUGCACCAAGACGGUCUAAACGAGUGAACCCCAGUGCGAAAAAGUAAACGAUAGUAACGAAUGUAAUGCAGAACGCUUUACUAGGUCAAUUGCAUUCUCUCUCAACGGUGAAUCGUGUCUUUCUUCCAAGUGGUCACAGCUGAUAAGCCGAAUAAACAGAAUCUGAACCUAUCGGAACACAGUUACAACGUU